UGUUUGAGAGCUCAGUCAUCCAAAAACGGCCUUUCAGUGUGAGGAACUUUGUGUGGAGAAAAUGUCGCUGGCUUCGUCGCAGUAAAUCCAAACAACACACAAGAAGAAGAAGUAGAAGAAGACGUUUUUUGUUGGGUUUCCUUGUUCUUGUUGGAGAAAAGGACUAAAAAAAUCGCCCACAGUCGAGCUGAAGAUCGCUUUGCAGAAAAAAACGAGGUGCGAGCAGCGGGUCGAGCAAUUUUGAGUUGUGCAUGGAAGAUGUCGGGAAAGCGAGACUGGACUCCGUGGAUGAGAAAAAGAAGUGCUCCAGUGUUGUGCGCGCUGGGUGCAGUACUGCUGUGCUGCCUACAGAGUGGCGCCUCCGUCCCUGAUGAGGUCCCGGAGUUCACCGAGGAGCCCGCCUCGGUUGUGCAGAAGCUGGGAGGCACCGUGAGUUUGCGAUGCGGCGCCCGGCCCGCCUCCGCCAACAUCAGCUGGCGCCUGAAUGGCCAACACCUAAUGGAUGGAGAUCUCGGCGUGGCGCUGGGCCCCGGCAGCUUGUUCAUCACUACACUCUCCAACAUGACUCUUGGUCGCUACCAGUGUGUGGCCAGCACCGGCGCUGGAGCUCUGGCUAGCGUGCCUGCUGACGUCACCGCAGCCAAACUGCGCGACUUCGAGCCCGACGACCAGCAGGAGAUCGAGGUGGACGAAGGCAACACAGCCGUUAUCGAGUGUCACCUCCCGGAGAGCCAACCCAAAGCUCAGGUCCGAUACAGCGUCAAGCAGGAAUGGUUGGAGACGUCCAAAGGCAACUACCUCAUCAUGCCAUCAGGGAACCUGCAGAUCGCCAAUGCCACGCGGGACGACGAGGGGCCGUACAAGUGCGCCGCUUACAACCCCAUCACCCAGGAGGUCAAAACCUCCACCUCUGCCGACCGCCUGCGCAUACGCCGCUCCACGUCGGAGGCGGCCCGCAUCAUCUACCCGCCGGCCUCCCGCUCCAUCAUGGUGACCAAAGGGCAGCGGCUGGUGCUGGAGUGCGUGGCCAGUGGCAUCCCCACCCCGCAGGUCACCUGGGCCAAGGAUGGCCUGGACCUGCGCUUCCAUAACAACACUCGCUUCCUGCUCAGCAACCUGCUCAUUGACGCUGUGGCAGAGGGCGACUCGGGGACAUACGCCUGCCGGGCCGACAACGGCAUUGGCUCCUCCGCCAUGUCCGCCACCGUGCUCUACGACGUGCAAGUGUUCGAGCCUCCUCAGGUGGCGGUGGAGCUGCAGCAGCAGGAAGUGACGUUUGGCGAGACGGUGCGCUUCACCUGCCAAGCCCGGGGCAAGCCGGCACCCUCUGUGACGUGGCUGCACAACGCGCAGCCUCUCUCUCCAUCCGCUCACCACCGCUUGACCUCACGCAUGCUCCGCAUCUCCAACGUGGGCCCCCAGGACGAGGGCCUGUACCAGUGCAUGGUGGAGAACGGCGUGGGCAGCGCACAGGCAUCCGCUCGCCUCAUCACGAUAUCGAGCGGGGUUCCCUCCAGGGGGAAGCUGCCCUCCAUGUAUCGGCCCCUCAGUCCAGACAAAGUGCUGAGGGAGCAGCCGCCCGUGAGACCCGGGGCCACGGGAGCCAUGCUGCCUCUGGACUGCGCCUCGCUGCCGGGACAGAUUCUGCCCGCCGAAGCGCCCAUCAUCCUCAGCCAGCCUCGCACGGGCAAGGCCGACCACUACGAGCUCACCUGGAGGCCCAGACACGAGCGAGGAGCCCCCGUGCUGGAGUACAUGAUCAAGUACAGAAAGGUGGGCGACCCGCUGGCCGAGUGGACGUCCAGCAGCAUCUCGGGCGCCCUCCACAAGCUCACGCUGGCCAAGCUGCAGCCAGACAGUCUCUACGAGGUGGAGAUGGCCGCCAAGAACUGUGCAGGCUUAGGACAACCCGCCAUGAUGACCUUCAGGACCGGCAGAGGUCGCAAAGGUUUAGGAGGGCACAACGAUCUCCCCAAAACUCCUGCCGUCCCCUCGCCGAGCCUUUCUCCUCCUGAGGCGCCGGACAAGCCCACGGUCUCCACGGCGACGGAGACAUCCGCCUACGUGACGUGGAUCCCCCGAGGCAACCGCGGCUUCCCCAUCCAGUCGUUUCGCGUGGAGUACAAGAAGGUGAAGAAGGCGGGCGAGGACUGGGUGACAGCGGUGGAGAACAUCCCGCCGUCGCGCCUCUCUGUGGAGAUCACCGGCCUGGAGAAAGGUACGUCCUAUAAGUUCAGAGUCUUGGCUGUCAAUGUGAUCGGAUCCAGUCCGCCUAGCGCCCCCUCCAAAGCCUACACAGUGGUGGGCGGGAGGACCCAUGAGCGCCCCGUGGACGGCCCCUACAUCACCUACAACGAAGCCAUCAACGAGACCACCAUCAUCCUGAAAUGGACGUACACGCCGGUGAACAACACGCCCAUCUACGGCUUCUACAUCUUCUACCGUCCCACCGACAGCGACAACGACAGCGACUACAAGAAGGACGUGGUGGAGGGCGACCGCUACUGGCACUCCAUCACCGACCUGCAGCCCGAGACAGCGUACGACAUCAAGAUGCAGAGCUUCAAUGAAAAGGGCGAGAGCGAAUUUGGCAACGUGGUCAUCCUGGAGACCAAAGCGCGUCCUCAUCACCAGCGCCCCGCCCCCUCGGAAAGCCCCGACCAAGAGGUGGGCCACUCCAGCGGGCUGGUGCCUCGACCGGGUGACCUGCCUUACCUCAUCGUCGGCAUCGUGCUUGGGGCCUUCGUCUUCAUCAUCGUUGCCUUCAUCCCCUUCUGCCUGUGGAGGGCCUGGGCCAAGCAGAAGCAAACAUCCGACUUGUGCUUCCCCGCCGUGGCUGCCCCCGUGUCGUCGUGCCAGUACACCAUGGUUCCUCUUCAGGGUCUCGCCCUGGUGGGACACUGUCCCAUGAACGGCCCCUUGACAGUCCCGCACGGUGUUUACCCCCCAAGUGGAGACUACUGCCAAAACAGCAAAGCCCACUGCCUGCAGGAGGAUGUGGACUGUCCUCUAGAAUGUGACACCUUGUUACCACAGGGAAUGUCCAACGGGCAUGUUCCUCUCUACCACUACACCAGCAGCGAUGCUGACCCUCAUGAGCAGACGUUUGAGCUGGCUGAUGAUUCCUCUCUACAGCUGCUGGACUCUUCCCGUCACCUUGUCGACACGCAGGAGUUAAGACGGGACAGGGAGGAGGCGGAAGACAAACUUUCCCAAAAAGUGGCUUCUUUCCCUGGCGUUUCUCUAGAAGAUGAAGGAAUUUUCACCACGUCGUCGUCAUCGUCUUCAGCCACGACGCCGCAAUCCCAAGAUACAAGCAUCCAGGAAGUGAAUGUCGUCCCCGGCGAAGGGAAGAUCACGUGUGCAUAAAAGACUCUUUGAAACAAAUCUAUAUUUAUUUUUGUAUCACAGAUAUUUAUAUAUUUAUGCUUUUGUACAUACGUGUUUGAUGAUACUGUAUAUAAGCUUAUUUUCGUAUUGUAAAAAAAAAAGGCUCUAUUUGUGUAAGCCCUCCCCCUUUGUGUCACAUGAUCUUGUUCUGCCUCUUUGUUCAGCACUUGUAGAUCAUUCCUCUCCUUCCCAAAUGUUAGAAUCUUUAGCUUUACAGAGUCUGAGGUGCUUUAUCACAUCUUUCUUUUGUACAGAAAUAACGCCUUCUUCCUCAUAACAAACUAAUAGCAAGCAUAUUCCUCAUGUAAAAGGCCUUCUGUUCUUCUGUAGUGUAAGAGAGAUGAUAUAUUGUAUAGUUAUUUAUUUUUGUAUUUCAUCACUGAAUGGGAUUCUGGACAAAAAAAAAGAUUUCAGUCAUGAUAAGCUCAAUUGAAAACUGCUUGUUUUUUUACUCAUUUGCUGGUUACCAAAUGGCCGCCAGGUGGGGGCGCUGUGACAGUUGGGUCAGUGUUAGUAAUAUUCUUUGCAAGCAAAAUGAAGGAAAUCCUAAAUGUUUUUUUAAGUGCAGCCGCUGUCUGGUUGCAGAAGCUGGAGCACUAUUGCAUGUAAAUAAAAGCUUAUGAAGCCCAUUAUGUCUGUCUGUCUGUCUGUCUGUC